UAUCAAAACUUAGCUCCUACGCAACGCAACACACAUUCUCUUCUUCCUUUUUCCACCAAAAAAAAAAAAAAAAAAAACUCUUCACUCUUUACCUUCCUCUCUCUAUCUGAAAAUGGGUCACUCCACGUUCACGGUGUUUCCUCAUCUCAUUGUGUUGUUUGUGUUCCUCUCGCCGCCAUCUUCCGCCUUCGCCCCCGACGAUCUCCGAUUCGGCAAGAAGCUCAUCAGGGAACUCAAUCUGUUCCCUCCCGACGAUGUCAACAUCGUUCGCGAUCCCGAUUCUAACCUCGUACCCACGAAGAAGAUCGUGGAGAAGCCUCUCAGGUUCCCCAACUUGGUGGCCUCUGAGUCAGGGGUAUCCCUCGACGAUUUGGCUCACCACGCUGGCUAUUACCCCAUUCAGCAUUCUCAUGCUGCAAGGAUGUUCUACUUUUUCUUUGAAUCAAGGAACAGCAAGAAGGAUCCUGUUGUGAUUUGGUUGACUGGGGGACCUGGCUGUAGCAGUGAAUUGGCUGUGUUUUAUGAAAAUGGUCCUUUUAAGAUUGCUGACAACAUGUCCCUUUUGUGGAAUGAGUAUGGUUGGGACAAGGUAUCUAACCUUCUGUAUGUUGACCAACCAACUGGAACUGGCUUUAGUUACAGCACUGAUAAAAGUGACAUUCGUCAUGAUGAAGAUGGUGUGAGCAACGACCUUUAUGACUUCUUACAGGCCUUCUUUGCAGAACAUCCCGAGUAUGCAACAAAUGACUUUUUUAUUACUGGUGAAUCAUAUGCUGGGCAUUAUAUUCCAGCCUUUGCAGCUCGUGUACAUAGGGGAAACAAGGCUAAAGAGGGGAUUCAUAUAAACCUUAAGGGAUUUGCCAUCGGUAAUGGGCUUACUGAUCCUGGAAUUCAGUAUCAAGCUUACCCAGACUAUGCACUGGAAAUGGGCAUAAUUGAGCAGGCUGACCAUGACCGCAUCAACAAAUUAAUGGUUCCAGCCUGCGAAUUGGCAAUAAAGCUAUGUGGCACCGAAGGAAAAAUCGCUUGCACAGCUUCGUAUUUUGUUUGUAACACCAUAUUCAAUUCCAUCAUGUCCCGUGCUGGUGAUACCAAUUACUAUGACAUCAGAAAGAAGUGUGAUGGGAGCCUUUGCUAUGAUUUUUCGAACAUGGAGAAAUUCCUGAACCAAAAAUCUGUUCGGGAUGCACUUGGGGUUGGGAAUAUUGAUUUUGUGUCUUGUAGCAGUACAGUUUAUCAGGCUAUGCUGGUGGAUUGGAUGAGGAAUCUUGAAGUUGGUAUUCCCGCUCUUCUUGAGGACGGAAUCAAUUUGCUUGUAUAUGCAGGGGAAUAUGAUCUCAUCUGCAACUGGCUUGGUAAUUCAAGAUGGGUUCAUGCAAUGGAAUGGUCCGGCCAGAAAGAAUUUCAAGCCUCACCUGAAGUUCCUUUCACAGUUGAUGACUCCGAAGCUGGAAUAUUGAAGAAUUUUGGACCUUUAAGUUUCCUUAAGGUCCAUGAUGCGGGUCACAUGGUUCCAAUGGACCAGCCCAAGGCUUCGUUAGAAAUGCUGAAGAAGUGGACUCAGGGAACCCUUUCUAAAUCUGGAGCUGACGAGGAAAAUUUGGUUGCUGAGUUGUAAUCUCUUAUAUUGCAAUAGUCUAUCAAAAGGGUGCAUAAAUGUAAUGCAGUAAAGAGAAGAAAUUUGGGUGGAAGUGACCGGUGUGUUUUUCCCAUUAACCUGAAUGCAUAUAUCUAAAACGACAGUGAGUCAAGGCCAUGCAAGAAAACUAUCUGUAUCCUUCUUUAACGAUCGCAUUUCUGUAUGACAUUCUACAUUACUGAAUGAGAUUUCUCAUUUA